CAGUCCUCACCUUAAACUUAUACUAGAACAUGUCCUGUCUCUGUGUGCUUGAGAGCCAGCUCUUCUUCUUCUUUUUUCAAUGUUCCAAAUAUGAAAUUUAUGAUCCUUAAACUUUUUGACGCCACUAUGAUUUUUUCUCUUUAUUGGGUGACUGCUUGAACAGUAUCAAUUAGUUUGCUUUUGUUUGUAUAAUCUGAUGUAUGUUGUGUGUAAUGUGCCAAAACCCAUGUUUGAUCAUAUGUAUAUUCAUGAUCAAUUUGUUCUCUGAUUUAAUUGUACUAAGAACCAGCCCUUUUCUUUUCUAUUAAUUGCAGGUCUACAAACGUAGCAAUUUAAUUUGCAUGCAGCUUUAUGAAAAAGAUCUCUUGACCGAUACAUCAUUUCUCCAUAUAUACGGGUUACAGGAGGCUGAUUUCAACUCAAAGCAACUUGCUGUUGUUGCUGUAAUGGAAGUGCUGAUGACAUUGCAAGGAUCUCAGCUGGAGACAGACGACCCAAUAACAAGUUACAUGUUACAGGCAUGGGCCAGACUAUGCAAGUGCUUAGGACAGGAUUUUCUUCCAUACAUGAAUUUUGUAAUGCCUCCAUUGCUUCAGUCUGCCCAGCUGAAACCAGAUGUAACCAUUACCUCCGCAGACUCAGAUGAGGAUAUCGAUGAGUCAGACGAUGAUAGGUUUGUCUUUAAUGCUGCAGCUCCUGUUUGAGUAGUUUGCAAUUUUUUGUGACUUUUGGAGUAGGUUAAUGUUUAAUGACAAUACUCGCCCGAGCAAGGAGCGGAGCAGAGCAGAGCUUAAGAAGACUCCGGUCUGUGGACAAGACUCGCCCGAGCAAGGAGCAGAGCUUGGUUGACUGGGCUCGCCCCAAGCUUAAUGACAAUAUUGGAGAGAUGAUGAUGCCGACCCUUGAUACAUAUUGUAGAUUGUGUACGUAGGAAUUUGACUUGUAUGUUUUUAGAAUGUUUUUGAAGUACAAUGUAAUCAAAUAUGAUAAUAUGAAUGUAAUCAAAGUUCUUGUUUGUGA